AUGAAGUUAAUAAAAACUCUCAGAAAAAUCAUUGCUUUUUUAUCUGCUAACAGCACAGCUGCUAUGAACAACUCUGACACUCGCACAGCAGGCUGCCUCCUCACCGGCAUCCCUGGGCUGGAGCACCUACACAUCUGGCUUUCCAUCCCCUUCUGCACCAUGUACAUAGCUGCCCUAGUAGGCAAUGGCAUUCUGAUCUGCAACAUUGUCUCCCAGCCAAGCCUGCAUGAGCCCAUGUACAUGUUCCUGUCCAUGCUGGCCAGUGCUGAUGUGUUGCUGUCUACCUCCACCAUGCCCAAGACUCUGGCCAACUUCUGGUUAGGUUCUAGCCACAUUUCCUUUGACGGCUGCCUCACCCAGAUGUUCUUCAUCCAUUUCCUCUUUGUGGCUGACUCUGCUGUCCUACUGUCCAUGGCCUUUGACCGCUAUGUGGCAAUCUGCUCCCCUCUGAGAUAUGUAACAAUUCUCACGAAGAAGGUCAUUGGGAAGAUCGUCAUCGCCACCCUGACCCGCAGCUUCAUCAUCAUGUUUCCGUCCAUCUUUCUCCUCAAGAGACUGCACUACUGCCGGGUCAACAUCAUUGCGCACACAUUCUGUGAGCACAUGGGUAUUGCCCACCUGUCCUGCUCUGACAUCUCCAUCAAUGUCUGGUAUGGGUUGGCAGCCGCUCUUCUUUCCACAGGCCUGGACAUCAUCCUUAUUGCUGUUUCCUACAUCCACAUCCUCCGAGCUGUCUUCCACCUCUCUUCUCAAGAAGCCCGGUCCAAGGCCCUGAGCACCUGUGGAUCCCAUGUCUGUGUCAUCCUACUCUUCUAUAUCCCUGCCCUCUUUUCCGUCUUUGCCUACAGGUUUGGUGGGAAACGCUUUCCACGUUAUGUCCAUAUCCUGCUGGCCAACCUCUACGUGGUCAUUCCCCCUAUGCUCAACCCCAUUAUUUAUGGAGUGAGGACCAAGCAAAUUUUAGAAGGGGCUAGGCAUAUGUUUUCAAAUCUUGGGAAAGAAUUUAAGUAA